AUGAUCUCCAAUUUCAAGCAGAAGUAUGAUGAACCUUUUCAUGAAGCUUGGGAGAGGUACAAGGAGUACCUGAGAGAGUGCCCGCACCAUGGGUUUGACGAUGACUAUAUAUUGGAGGUGUUCUAUGAUGGAGUGAGCUAUGAGUUUCGAAACACCCUUGAUUCUUCGAGUAAUGGAGAUUUCAUGACUCAAACCACACCUGGAUGGCAGCUCAAAAACUACCACCUAAACCCUAACGUGAGGAAGAACCCACAGCUUUUCUGGCCUAAGCAAGAUAAAACAGCUGAUCCUGCACAGAGUAACCAAGGUCAGUAUGCCGGGUAUCAAAAGAACUACGAACCCCGGACCUAUGUUCUAAGCCAACCGCAGAACAAUACACCUCAGAUGCAGAAACACCAGAACACUCAGCCAACUACCUCCGCUCCUAUCGUUGUUCCGCAAGAUGAGACAAAAGCUAUGUUGCAGCAGCUGCUCCAAGGACAACAGCUCCAAGGGAAGGCUCUAAACCAGGUUACAACAGAGAUCAAUACCAGAAUGAACCAUAUGUUCAGCGAUUUGAGUACCAAGUACGACAAUGUCGCGAGCCAUAUGAGACAAAUGGACAUUCAGAUUGUUCAGACUGCUGAGAGCGCCAAGAGGCAACAAGGACCAGAACAACUAGCUGAGGCUGUCCGCCUGAUCCCAGAGCCUAUUCCUGCUCGCGAAUACACUCCUCAAGUCCCUUACCCUGUUCCAGCAAAGGCUACUCGUAAGGAGCGAGAGGAGAUGAAGUGCAUAAAGAGGCUGGAGGACCUAACCGUCCGACUCCCCUUGAUGGAUGCCAUCCAGAUGACGCCCUCCAUGCACAGCUUUAUGAAGGGAUUGAUCUCAGGAAAAAUAUCAGGGGAGAGCGAAUUCAUGACUGUCUCUAAGGAGUGCAGCGCAGCGCUUCAAAACAUGCAGAUAAAGAAGCGGGGAGACCCUGGCAAGUUCAUCAUCUCUAUCCAGAUUGGGAAGACAGUUUUCUCAUGCUCCUUGGUUGAUCUGGGAUCCAGCUCCCCGGUUGGUAUUCUAGAGGAUCUCCAAGUAAAAGUCGGGAACACCUCUGUUUCAGCAGACUUCGUAGGUCUAGAGCUGGAAGAGGAAUCCAAAGAUCCUCUCAUCUUAGGAAGACCAUUCCUAUGUACUGUUGGAGCCAUCAUUGAUGUGCGGCAAGGGAAGAUUGAUCUCCAUCUGGGGAACUUAAUCAUGCAGUUCGAGAUGGAUGAGCUGCUGAAGAAGCCGAUGCUGGAUGGACAUACCUUCGAGGUGGAUGAAGGGAAUUAUCCGCUGUAA